AUGAUCUCGGCACUUGCCCAUCACGGGGAUCUGGAAGAAGCUGGAAAUCUCUUCGAUUUGAUGCCCGAUCCAGACACGGUUUCCUGGAACACAAUGAUCCAAGCAUACACCAACGCUGGAAAAAUUGAUCUCGCUAUAGCAAUGUUUUAUGAGAUGAACAACAGGGAUAUAGUCUCCUGGACUGCCUUGCUAUCAGCAAAUGCCCAAAGAGGAGAUUUGGAGGAGGUAGCGCGGACCUUUGCUGCGAUGCCGGCUUUCACAACCGCUUCUUGGAAUGUGAUGAGCCUCGCUUUCUCGCAGCACGGGCAUCUAGAAAUCGCGCUCGAGCUCUUCGAUCAGAUGCCACAGCACGAUAUCAUCUCCUGGACAGGCCUGAUCCAAUCCCUGGCAAAUGAUCAAGGCCGCCUGGAUGACGCGAGAGAGGCCUUCGGGCGAAUGCCGGAAUGGGACGAUUCUUGCUGGAGUGCGAUCAUCCUGGGAUGCAUCCACAAUGGCGAUCUGGAUGCCGCGAUGGCACUCUUCGAUGUGAUGCCGUCCCAGUCGAGUAGCACCAUCGCUUGCAAUGCAAUGAUCCGGGCAAGGGCACAGCAAGGCGACGUCAAAUCCGCCAAGAACAUCUUUGAUCGAUUGUCGCAGCACAAUCUAUUCUCAUGGAAUUGCCUACUUGCGGGAUUCAUCCAAUGUUGCUGUGAUCCUUGGCCGCUCUUUCAUAAGAUGCCCCAGUGGAACAUCAUCUCGCUCAACACAGUGAUUGGCGUUGGAGUGGAUCACACAUUCUUCGCCCAGAUGCCACAAAGAGAUCUCGUGAGUUGGAACUCAACGAUCCAAGCGUGCAUCGCGAGUGGCAAUGUAGAACUCGCGCAGCACACACUUGACAAGAUGCCACAGUGGGAUAUUCUCCCCUGGAACGCUAUGGUCCAGGCAUAUACCCAGUGUGGAAACGUGUCAGCCGCGGAGGGAAUCUUCCACGCCAUGAGGCAACGCAACGUGGUAUCUUGGACGUCCAUGCUCCAGGCAUAUACCCAGGAUGAUAAUCUCGAGGGUGCAAAGCUCUUGCUACACAGGUUCCCACAGUGGUCCACGGUGCCAUGGAAUCUCUUGAUCCAAGCAUAUUCUCGCGCUGGGGAUAUCCUGGAAUCAAGGAGCUCGUUUGACGAGAUGCUACAGAGGGACGUGAUUUCGUGGUCGGGGCUUGUGGUUGGCUACGGUGCCGCGGCGAAUCUUUCUGAUGCGCUGGAAUCUUUCGAGAGAAUGCCUCAGCACGACCUCUUUGCGUGGAAUUCGAUGCUCCAAGUCCUCCUCGACAAUGGUCAUGUUGAGCGAGGGAUGGAGUUUUUGGAUCGAAUGCCGGAGGUGGAUGUCACUGCGAAGAACGCGGUGAUUGCCGCAACUGGAGAUCUUGAUGCCGCGAGAGAGUUGUUUGGAAGGAUGAUCCACAAGAAUGUCGUAUCCUGGAACACGAUGAUCACUGCGUUUGCACAGCGCGGCGAUUCGAGGAACGCAAGAGCAGUGUUUGAUGAGAUGCCCGAGAGGAAUGUGGUGUCGUGGAAUGCGCUGCUCGCGUCCUCUUGCCCCGAAACCCACCUCGUUUUCAAUCGAAUGCCACAGCACAACUCCAUGAGCUGGAAUAUGUUGAUCCAGUUCCAGGCCGGUGAGGACCCAUCCUCCGCAAAGCUCGUCUUUGGUCAAUGUCCGGGAAGAAGCUCCGCGUCGUGGAAUGCCUUGCUUCGAGCAUAUGCCGCGACUGGGCAUAUCCACUCCGCGAGACAAGCGUUUGAAAGGAUGCCCUCCUGGGACGCGAUCUCCUGGAAUUCCAUGAUUUCGAACGGGCAUAGCAAAGAAGCUCUGUGCUUGUUCCGGGAAAUGGAUCUGGAGGGCGUGAGAGCGGAAGAGAUCACCUUUGCCACCGCAGUGGAUGCAUGCGCAGGGAUUCCAUCGCUACGAGAUGGGGAGACAAUCCAUCGCUGUGCUGCGGACGAGGGCCUCGAUUGCGAUGUCGUGGUGGGAUCAGCCGUGAUAAACAUGUACAGCAAGUGUGGUCGACUGGAUCGAGCGAGGGGCUUCUUCGAAAAGAUGGCGGUGAAGAACACAAUCACUUGGAACACGCUCAUCACAGCCUAUGCCCGGAAUGCUCCCCCACAGCAAACUUUGCAGAUCUUUCAGGAAAUGCAGCAACACGGGAUCAAGGCCGACGAUGUCACAACGGUGUGUGUGUUGCUCGCGUACAGCCAUGGCGGGCUCGUAGCGGAGGGACUGAGCUGCUUUGUGUUUCUGGUGGCGGAGCAUGGCAUCCGGGCGACGAUGGAACACUACAAGUGUGUCACCGAUCUCUUGUGUCGAGCGGGGCGAGAAGAUGAGGCUCGAGAGCUGAUUCGCGGCAUGCCGUUUCACCCGGACUCUCUGGCGUGGAUGAUCUUGGUGGGAUCAUGCAAGAGCUCCUGGGAGGUUGGAGGAGUUGCGGCUCGUGCAUUUGAGCUGGAUCCAAGUGAAGGCUCGCUCUAUGUCUUGCUCUCUAAUCUCUGCAAGAACAGUGUAUCUUAA